AAAAAAAAAAAUUGUUUCCUCAACCCUCCGAACGUACCCCUUGUGCACGUUAGCAUCCCCAAGAAUCUCUCUACACACUCUUCGCAAACCCUCCCAAAACCCUAGAACACUCUCCUACACUCCGACUCUCAGCUUCUCCGUCCACAAUGCCCGGCGUAACCUCAGGCACCGGCGACGGAGCCUCCGUAUCCGGCGCCGGAGCUCUCGUCCCGUUAUCUCCAGAGGCCCGAAGCCCCUCCGUCUACCCACUCCACCACGGCCUCAAGCCCCCACUCGCUCGCAUCGCUAUCUCGUGGGCCAGAGGCAACGCCCUUCGAGUAUCGUUCUUCAGUCAGCCCUCCGGUGACGACUCCAACGGCGCCGCCGAGGUCGGUGGGAAGGUGAUCGAGGUGAAGCUCACCGACGGAGAUGGAGAUAUCGGCGACGCGCAGUUCCGGAAAAUCGCUUACGGUUCGGUCUCGCCGUUCGCGCUUCUUCAGAGCCGGAGGAACUCGCUCGCGACCAUGUCGAAGAUCUCGUCGCCGUAUCACUUUGAGUGGUGGGAGUAUGUGAUGGAGUAUAGCAGGGACAUAAAGGCACUUCUGGGCAAUCCUAAGUCGCUUGCUAGUCCGUUGAUUGAUGACCCAAAGACUGUUUUAAAGAAUGUUGAGGAGCCAACCAGUUUGAAAGCUGCGUGGGAGCUGAUGGAAAUAUUUUAUGCAGACAAGCAAUCUCAAUCAUGGCUACCUGAGCGGCUUGUUGAUUGGUUAGCUGAUUACGAUUGUCUCCUCUCCUCUACACAAGCAACAAUCCAUUCAAAACUUGUGGAUUUUCAGGAAGAGCUUGUUACUUUACAGGUCAUUGAGGAUAAUCCUAAAUACUGGGAAGUAAUAUCAUCAGCACUUGCAGUUGGCUGGCAAGAUAUUGUGGUGAAAAUGUUGCGCUUGCAUGGGUCUUAUCAACUAGAUCAGAUAAACAAUCGUGAGACAGAAAAUGGACUGGUAGAGGCAGUUGCUGUUCUUAUUUCAAAAAUGCCACGGCUGCGUCCUGAACUGGAAUCUGGAAGAUUAGGUGAAUGCUAUAAAGCCAAGCCUGAUUUUGUCAAGGCUUGGGAGAAAUGGAGGGCACAAAUUACUAAGCUGGACUGUAGUGCAUAUUGGGUUCGCUGUGGUCACCACCAGACCAGGGAGGGUUUGAGAAAUAUGCUACAACUCAUGCUGGGAAAUACUAACAGUCUCUGCACCGCAACGUGUCAUUGGAUAGAGUUGUUUAUUUCUCACUUUCUAUACAUAAGGCCUUUCACUGCGGGUUUAGAAAACAUGUAUAAUGUGGCGCAGAAAUGCAUGCAGUUCAAACCAAUGUCUGGUUCCCAUGGGUUGUUAGGAUUAAUUAUUGGAAUUCUAGGAGAAAAUACUGAGGUUGUCUUAGCAGAAUGCUCCAGAGAAUUUGGCCCUUGGAUGGUUGCCCAUGCCAUAGAGUUGUUGACUGCUGAGAGUGAUCAAGCAGAAACUCUUUUAUGUGAAGAGCAUGAUAACUUGGGGGGAAUCAGCAUAGAGGAACUCCAUCGGCUUGUCUAUGCUCAAGUUCUAUCUUCACAUUCAUUGACUUGGCAAAUAGCUCCAAUUUAUUUGGCAUCAUGCAUAAAGCAGGGAAUGGGUUUGCUAGAGAUUUUAUUGAGCAAGCAACCUGUUCAAAAUAAUCAAGUACUGCUUAAGAUUAUAGAGAUAUGCCGUCUGUAUGAACUUGACAGUGUUAGUUCAAACAUUAUGAAGAUUGCUGGAGUAUACCACUGGAAGCAUGGUAGGAAAGGUUCUGGAGUAUUUUGGCUUCAGCAAGCCCGUGAUGAAGUUCGUCUUAAUAGGAUUGCUCAGCAAUUGUUCGAUUCUGUUGGAAAGUCGAUCUCUGAUGAAAGUUUCAAGCAAUGGGAAGGUUUGAUUGAAUUAUUGGGUUCUGAAUCUAAGACUGCUGGCGGUUUAGAGUUUCUGCACAAGUACAGGGAUUUCAAAAAAUCCCUAAAGCAGGUUAAUGAUGGAAAAACUAAUGAUGCAGCUCGGCAAGCUGUAGAAUCGCUUAUAUCGCUUAUGAAAAACCCAUCAACACCUCAGCGUUUUUGGCUGCCUCUUCUAUUUGACUCGUUGAAGCUUCUCAGUUGGCAGGAGCGUCCUCUGCUAAAUGUCUCACAGACCAACCUUUUGUUGAAUAAACUGCAAGAGUUAUCCAUGGCGAGGCUGCGUCCAGAUUUCAUUGAAGCUGACUUGCCAAAACAGGCCUUAAGCUCUGUGAGGCUGGCUCUUGCUACAAACCUUGGACGUGCUAUCCUGGAAGAAUGAUGGGGCCUACUUUCUGCAUAACCAGCUUGCCAUUUCGGUACUGGGGCUGUUGGACAGCAUGUAGGAUGGCUGUUUCAAUGUGUUCUGCUGAACAUAGCAUGACAAGCAGUCUUAACAAAAAGUUUAGAGAAGCUGAAGAUCAUUAUGUUGCAAAAGGUUUUUGACAGUCGCAUAUGUUGUAAAUUGGCAUGAUAGUCAACUGAUGCAUCCACAUAUCACAUGAGAAGGGCAGUUGCAAAGCGCUUAUUAGCAAAUUUUGUCUAGGAUUGCAACCAAGAGAGAGACACAGCACUGGUUAGGUUUUCCUGCCUUGAUGUUUAUUUGUAUGUUAACCAUUCUGUUGCUUUAGUAAAUAUCUGAACAGAAUUAAGCUCAAAGAAGCAGUGUAACGGAAUUCAGAGAACAUACUCCGAUAGCUUAGAGGCCCCAUAUUUAUUGGGUUUUUAUGAGUGGGGUGUGACCGCUAAAAAAUCAUUUGGAAUGAAUUUCAAUGUAUGUUUAUAGUAGUAGAAUCAUUCAUGAGAAAGUAUAAACAGGAACCUGUCACAUUAUCUAUUUAUUGAUCAGUAUUUCAAUUCUUUAAAAGGCAA